AUGGACCACUUUUCAGAUGCAAACAAUCCGUCUGAUCUAAUCAAAGAAUUACGCAAAGAACGAGAAAAUGUUGGACCGUCUCGUAUAAAAGAAGAUAGGCAUGAGAAGGGCGAAUUCAUGGAUCGCACCCAGCUGGCUGAAGAAAUGAAAGAAACUCAUGGGCUACGUCUCAAAGGAAAUGUUUUAAACGGUAUGCUCGUUGUUGAUCUUGGUUGUGGUGGCCGCUGCCCAAAUUCUUGUAGUCAUUCUUAUACUUUUGUGCUACAAACUUUACUUUCCUUUAUAGGCAUCCGCGAAGACCAGGAAGUGAGUGCUUUGAGAGGGGAGCCGACCGAAGCUGAACAGAUGAAGAUGUUCCUGGAAGGUUUGAGUGAUAAGGAAAAGAAAAAACUUAUGAAAGAAAACACGAAUCAUCUGAUUCAGAUUCUUCAGGUAAAUCUUAUUUCGUGGCUCAUGGUUUUGCUUGCUCAAAUCUUUCUUCUUCCAGAUAGUGAAGAGGACGCCAAGAAAAGCAAGCGUCGCCAAGAUUCGAGUAGUAGCAACGGUUAG